AUGGCCGUCGUGUCGCAGGCCAAGCGCAAGAAGACCGACAGGGUCUCCAAGCCCAAAAAAGGCGGCACCGAGUCGUCCCGCAAGCACCAUUUCGAGUCCUUUUCCCAGCGCAUCGCGAAGCUUAAUAUCGAUCCCAUCCGCCGAACUACGCGCCGCGUCGACGACCACGACCUCUCCAACACCACCUCCUACCUCAAGAACUCGUUCGAGGAAUGGAAGGACCUCAAUCUCUCCGAAAACUUCAAUGCCUUUUCCCGCGAGCUCGACCCGCUCUGCGAGUCGCUUCCGCAGAUCCUCCACCAUGCCGACCGCAUAAUGGAUCUGCUGAUCCGCUACAUCGAGAAGAGGGAUGCGCUGUCGCUAGAGCCCCUGCUGAGCUUAGUGUCGCAUUUUGCGCACGACCUGGGCGUGAGAUUCGAAAAGUACUUUGCCCGCGCCGUGCAGACCGUGUGCCAAGUCGCCGCAAAGCACCCCGACAUUGAAGUCAUUGAGUGGAGUUUCACAUGUCUGGCCUGGCUUUUCAAGUACCUUUCUCGGCUUCUCGUGCCCGACUUGCGCCCCCUGUACGAUCUCAUGGCCCCGCUGCUCGGAAAAGAACACCAAAAGAGCUUCGUUACCCGCUUCGCCGCCGAAUCCAUGAGCUUCUUAGUCCGGAAAGCCGGCGCUUCGUACCACAGAGACAAGGAGCCAUUGCAAGUCAUCGUGUCCCACGCUUUGAAUGAUCUCGAGGCAUUAGCGCAACGGGAUGACGCGUCACAGUACCAGCAGGGGUUGAUGAGCCUCUUCGUGGACUCCGUAAAAGGCAUACAAAACGGACUUCACUCCAGUGCGGAAGCCAUACUCAAGGUGUUGCUUGAGCAGGCGCUGGCUUUCAAGGAAAAUGACUCUCUCGUGCCUGGAGAGCGACCUGCGAUGGACGUUGUUCAAGGCGUUCUCACGGCCACCAUACACCACACAAACUCCGAGACGUUUAGACCGGUUCUACAAAUAGUCUUAGACCAAAUAGACGCUCCCGACCGAAGCAAGGAUACCCAGAUGCUAGAGAAUGCUGCGCGUCUUUUGUUCACUGUGGCCGGCGUCAGGAAAGGAACCAGAGUUGCGGAUUGGAGCUCUCUCAUGCGCACAACAUCGCAUGUAGUGGCAUCUGCGGAACAUACGAUAGCAGCGGCGGACUCUACCGUUGUUUCUGACGUUCUCGCAGCCUUGGCGGUGAUCCUACAGCUCUGCCCUAUGGACGUCGCCAUCCCGCAUCUACGCAUCCUGGAUACCAUUUCGAGCGGCUCUUGGCAGCAGUCUUUUCUUUAUUUCUGCAAUUUCUUUUCUGAACUCGGAACGGACAGGUUCCAGAGCAUUCUGCUUCCGCAUUUUAAAAAAUUUAUCGUCUCGAGAUGGAGACAGGAAGAGCAAGGGCUUGCAAUAUUGCUUCCCCGCCUCGCUGGACGAGCAUGGCAGGAGAGCAUAAUCAAUUCAUUCAAGAAGCUAGCGGGCGCGACUCCUGCUCAGGCUGUUGUCGAGGGCGACGUGGCUCUCUGCAAUGCUUACCUCGAUAUUGUCCGACUAUCAUCAGUCGAUCCAGCGACCGAAGCGGAAAUGUACAAGCAUCUCUACGACCUUCUCUCCGGCUCUCUCGACGCAGAUUUGAAUGACCUCGCGCCCGAGGCAAAGUUAGGCGUAGGUGCCGGCUUCAAGUACGUCGCGGAGAACCAGAACGAAAAGUCGGAAGACAAGGCGUUGUGGGCUUCGUUGUGCUCGGCGUCAGCGAAUCUCAACCGGUAUCCAAAGUUCGCCGAAGCGAUCCUGCGAUAUCUAAAGAUUCACUCCAAAGGCCUCGACAUGUCAGAGAAUCACGUCGAGACCCUGGUCGAUGCGGCCAUCGAAUCUCUCGGCUCGCCGUCGCAUGAUCUCCGUGCCUCGAGUCUGGAAAUUCUGCAGCUCAUCUACACCCUCAAACAUGACGGUACCGAAUCCGAUCUUCUCUCCACAGCCAUACUGAUCGAAAGCACCCCCAUCAGUAUCCAGACCGCACGAACGGUGUCUAUGAAUAUCCGUCGUCUCGCUGUGGGCUAUAAGAAUGCGGUUGAUGACUCCUGGAUCGCCCGUGCAAUCCCUACCUUUUGCUUCGGUCUUCUCUAUGUCAACUAUACACAAGUCUGGGAGGAUUCGUGCAGUGCCUUGAAGGAGAUGUGUGAGACAAAGGAAGGCGAGACGGUGGUGUCGGAGCUGGCUUUCAAAUGGCUCGAAGACGUGCCUCCUCAAGAUCCGUCAACGCUGGAAUCUCCCGAAAAGGAACCCAGCACGACUGCGAACUUCAGGAACGAGCACAAGGAAGUCGUGUUCAUCACAGGUCAGAGCCGGUCGCAAGCGCUGAAGGUCCUCAACGCCAUUCCCCAGGUUGCUGAGAAGAAAUCUCGGUCGCUUGUCCCCACACUCCUCCGAUGGGCUACUGGCAAUGCAAACGUUAGCGAAGACGUUCCAGGUGACGGCAAAGAACCUGUGCACGACGACGAAAACGACCAGUCCAGAUGGGCCCGCAAAGACCAAAAGGCGAUGCUGGGACUUUUCACGAAAUUCACGAACCCAAAGGUCCUUUACAAGGCCGCAGACGUUUACUCUGCUCUGCUGACGCUGCUUGGAAACGGAGAUGUGGAGAUUCAGAAGUCGGCCUUGAAGGCAAUCCUGACCUGGAAAACCCGCAGCAUCAAUCGUUACGAAGAAAAUUUGAUGAACAUCUUGGACGACGCGAGAUUCAGAGAGCAGAUUUCCGUCUUCCUGGACCUCGGUCAGGACGAUGAUUCCAUGAAGGAUGAGGACCGUCCUGAAGUCAUGCCGCGCGGCCAAGAAUCGAGGCGAAAGGCAGUUUUCAUCGCGCUGUCCAAGUUUGGUGACGAUGAGAUUCGCCAGUUUCUCGACAUCGCGCUGGGCCCUCUGGCCAACGUUUCCUUGACCGAGGAAAGCAGGCUACGGGAGGAGCCAUUCGACUCGAAUCUGAUGGACGCGCGGAAGCAGUUCGGUCUCUUGAACAUGCUGGAAGACAUGCUCGAUACCCUUGGCACGCAGAUGGGUCCCUUCGCCGUGCAACUCGUCGACCCGGUCCUGUAUUACCAGAAAGAGGCGUCGGGACUGUCCCUCCUGAACUCCAUCCGACAAGUCGGCUUCCACUGCUUGAAUGGUCUGUUUGCACACUGCGCAGAGUUUGAAAGGCUGGAGAAGUUGGCGGUCGAAACGGCGCAAUCGGUGUCCGGCAUACUUCGACUCUUCUCGGCGUGGAGCAAGUUUCCCCAGACCGCACCCUUCCUUGUGAAAUACAACGGCGCUCUCCUGGACAAAGCCGUCGACUGCCUCGAGCUCAAUUUCGCCAAGGAGCAGGUGAAGCUUUUUGUGCUGCGGGACAUCCUCAUGAAUGUCAUUGCCCUUGCCGAGGCGGAUUCCAUGGACGUCGAUGAGCCACCAAAGUCUGCGCAUAUCUUGAGCGCGAUCGGCCGCGAGCUCCAAGGCAGCCCUAGCAAGGAGCUUCUCGAUACUGGCGUGUCGACGGUUUCGCGACUUGCUCCUUUUGUCGCCGGCUCCGUCGAAUCGGAAUCCAUGAUUCGCAUUUCCCUCUUCCUCCUGCAACAACCGACGAGAAGGUGCGGGUUGGACGCCGAUGCCGAGCUAACACGGGAGAUCUACCGGGCCAUCUGCUCGCUUUUCAGCUACUUCCAAGAUCGGAAAAGUCGCGGCUUGCUUUGCAAUAUCUUGAACGAUCUCGCACAAACCGAUUCGAGCCUUUCCGAAGUCUCCAACCUCGCUACCGAUCUCAAUUCCUUUUCGGAGAGCAGGUUGGACGAACCCGACUUCGACCGGCGAUCCAAGGCCUACUACAAGAUCAACGAAGAGCGAUACCAGGCUUUCACGAUCAAGCAGUGGCUGCCGUUGGUCUACAAUAUGCUUUUCUACAUCAAAGAACAGGAAGAGCUCAUGCUUCGGAUCAACGCCUCCUACGCUCUGAGAAGAUUCGUGGAAGCUGCUGCGAGAGACGGCAACAAGGAACAGGAAGACUUCCAGCAGCUCAUCACGGCGGCAGUCAUUCCAGGCAUCCAAAAUGGCGUUCGGGAGAAAUCCGAACUCGUGCGGGUCGAGUACCUUUCGGUACUGGCCCAGAUUGUCAGGUUCUUCCCUUCCUGGCCCGUCGUCAGCGACAUGCACGUCUUGCUCGUCGGGGACGAUGACGAAGCGUCAAUCUUCAGCAAUAUCUUGCAUAUUCAGCAACAUCGCCGCCUCCGUGCGAUGCGCCGGUUGGCGGACGAGGCGAGCAAGAUCUCGAGUGCCAACAUCAGCCACAUUUUCAUUCCCCUCAUCGAGCACUUCAUCUUCGACCGAGAUGAAGAUGAUAGCGGCGCCGCCAACCUUGCUGGCGAAACAACCAAAACCAUUGGUCUCCUGGCGCUGUGGCUGGAAUGGCCGCAGUACCGAGCUCUGCUGCGCCGAUACAGCCAGGGCGAAAUGGACAAGACAACCAUCAAGCUCCUGGGCGUCUUCAUCGAUAGCCUGAGCAAGGCAGCCGAGGCUAAGGGACUCGUUUCCGCGCCACGGAUCGCUGACGCGGCUGACGAAGAGAUGGUUGAUGCGGACAGUCCUGAAGAAACGUCUGCGGAGAAGCUCAAAAAGGUCGGCCUCGCGCGAACGAUGCCCAGCAAGGAGAAGCUGUCGACGGAUCUGACAAACAACCUGCUCCCGCCGCUGGUCGCGUACAUCCAUAAUAAAGAUGAGUCCACCGUCAGCUUGCGUGUGCCCGUCGCCGUCAUCGUCGUCAAGCUUUUGCGUCUUCUACCGGCGACGGAUAGAGAUCAACAGGCUCGUGACAUGACACGGAGUACCUUGGCGGACAUUUCGGCACUCAUCGGGCCCGAGUACUUUGGUUUCCUGCUCAAGGCUCUCUGCACUGCUCUUCAGCGCGGAUACCAGCUCCACGUUCUGUCUUUCACUGUACACUCGAUCCUCGUCGCCAUGACGCCAACGUUCAAGCCUGGCGAGCUCGAUUACUGCCUGAAUGAUAUCGUCUCGGUCGUAAUGGACGACAUUUUCGGCGUGACCGGCCAGGAAAAGGAUGCCGAAGAGUACAUCAGCAAGAUGAAAGAAGUCAAGAGCAGCAAGAGCUUCGACUCGAUGGAGCUCGUUGCCAAGACCACGACGAUCAAGCACCUCAUUCACCUCGUCGAUCCGAUCAGGUCGUUGCUGCUGGAGAAGCUGGAUAUCAAGAUGGUCAAGAAGAUCGACGAGCUGCUGCGCCGUAUGGGGCUCGGCAUCAUGCACAACGAAGCCAUCCAUGACCGCGAGAUCUUGGUCUUCUGUUACCAGCUGAUCCAAGAGGUCUACAAGAGUAACGCCGACUCGACGAGGAACAAGGAGGAGGAAGAUUACCGCACCCGCCGCUACCUGAUCAACAUGAAGGCGGCGAACAAGAACCCGAACAGGGGAGCAACCAGCUCACAAAUCCACAAGCUUAUCCGAUUCUCUCUAGACGUCAUGCGUUUCAUGCCCGUCAUCGGCGAUGCCAUCGUUUCCGGCCAAGAAGAGAUCCAGAUGUCGGCGGUCCGCUUGCUGAGCUCCGUGAUCAAGGACACCAACACGGAGCUAGCCCAAGCAUGUCUCAAGCUCAUCUCAGCCGUCCUGCGCGAGCGUCGCAACACGUCGAUCAAGGAAAAGGACGUCGCUUACCUACUGAAGAAGAUUGUCAUCGUCGAGGUUUACGAGAUCCUCGACACGGUCGCCUCGGUCAUGUUCUUGAUGGACUACCCGCAGAGCAAAGAGCGUCUGUCGAAACAGAUUGCCUUCCUCGUCAAGAACUUGGACUACAAGUACAAGGAAGGUCGACAGUCCGUCAUGGAGGCAAUAAACCUCCUCAUGUCCAAGCUCGGCGACGAGCUCGCCCAGGAAAUUGCGGACAAUCUAGAGAUGGCUGGUCUCUUGUUGAAGAAGGUGUUUGAGAGGGCCGACGCUGAGCGCACCAAGAAGUUUGUCAACAUCAUGAAGACAUGGCUGGAGCAGGAGGACCAGAGCCUGAAGCGCCGCCUGGCCAUCCAAUGCUUCACACUGUACUUCGAGGUUCCCGACCUGAUCGACGAAGCACGCGAGCGGAAGGAAGAGGGCGAUUGGGAGUUGAUCUACUACUCAUUGCAGGCGUUCGCGAAGCUGUGCAAGCUCUUGCCGUCGACGACGUUUGCCGUCAGCUCGCAGCCGAUCUGGACCACCGUCCGCGGCUGCCUCACGUAUCCGCAUGCGUGGGUCAAGCUCUCAGCCGCGCGCCUCAUCGGCCUUUACUUUGCCGACUUUGCCAGCCACAACGCAGCUGACGGAUACGCCGAGAUUCCGCUCGCCGGUUCGGGUGGCCUGCAGCUGGCCGCUGACGACAUGCUCGACCUGACGAGCGCCAGCCUGCGCAUUCUGCGCGUUCCAGGCGUCGGCGAGGAGCUCGCAACGCAGGCGGUGCGAAACCUCGUCUUCCUGGGCCGCUGCUUCGGCGUCAACGGGCUCGAGUGGAAGACGCGCAGCGCGGCCGACGAAGGCGCGCUCAAGGAGGCCGGCGAGGAAUCGUCGUCAUCCGACUCUGACGACGAUGGCGAAGACGACGAGGCCGCUGUCCCUGAUAAGCAGGCAACCACCCCGGCCCGGAUCACCGCUCUGCAUUAUCUCUUCACGCGCCUCUCCCUCAUCCUGCGCCGCGAUCCCGCCACCACUCGGGCGCCCGCGCUGUUCCCCAAGACGGCGUCCAUGACGCUGCUGGCGGCUCUGUGCAAUGCGCUGCCCGCGACCGCUCUCGAACCGUCGCUGCCGACCAUCCUCCUGCCCCUGCACAACUUGACCGACCCGUCCAUCCCGCCGCCGCAGAGCUUGGACGAGGACUUCAACGAGGCGCAGAAGGGCCUGAGCAACACGGCGACCGAGGUCAUGGGCCUGCUGCAGAAGAAGCUGGGCACCAGCGAAUACUUGCAGGUGAUGAACAAGGUGCGCGAGGGCGUGAAGCAGAGGAGGGAGGGAAGGAGGGUCAAGCGCGCGUUGGAUCGCGUGGCGGAGCCCGAGCGGGCGGAACGGGAGAAGAGGCGCAAGAGGGAGAGGGGUAAGGAGAGGCGGAAGGAGAAGGGCCACGAGGCUAGAGGUCGGAGGAGGGGUUGGUGA